GGUAAGACAGAUCGUGUCAGCUGUCUCGGGUUUACGUACCGUUACACUCAACUUGUCGAUAUUAAAAAUGCACUAGCUACAUGAUCCUGUAGCACCAAGAGGAAUAAAUACGGUCAAGGAGGGACAGCCUGGCGUUUGGGGAAUUUAAGAUCCUGCCAACCAACCCAAAACCCAAAAAAAAAUAUAUUUUAAAAAAACUUUUGCCGGCGAUUAAACAAGUUUUUGGUGAAGCUGCGCUUUAAACUCCCGUUAUAAACAUGCUCAAGCGACAGCGUUGCGAAGACUUCGAUACAUUCGUGCCACAAACCAAGAAGCUCAUUAGCGAAAAAUUUGUGGACCAGGCGGACCAAAAUAAAAUGACCAAAAUUCAUGAAAAAACCAUAAAUUUGCUAUUUAGGGCAGCACGCGAAAGCAAAUCUAUGGACCUGACGCAUACAGCAACAGAGGCGACUACAGAUAUUCCACUUUGGAGGCAGGUUGUGCUCCGUGGAAAUGGCGAAAUUUCAUCAAGCAAUGUAACGGAUUUAAUAGUUGAUAUUUCCUUGGAGAGCCGAAAAUCAAAGUGCUGCCGUCGUGAUGCUUAUGUUCGCAGUGAUUGUUGCAAUUGUUCUCAACCGUUGUGUGAAUUCUGUGGUCACUCAUGUGCUGAAUGUGGCAUAUUCUUAUGCGAUAGUUGCGUUUCAUUGUUUGGAUGCGGCAAUGUCGAAAGACCCAUAUGUGAAAAGUGCGCCUUAUUUCAGAACUUAUAAAAUAUUUUAUACGUACGUAUUUGUAUAGUUAAGUGGUCCGAAUAACAUUAAGGCAUUUCACCUAAACGAGUAAAUGCCUCCUUACCACGUAAACCUCGUAAACUUACUUUUGGGUAGCAAAGCAACGUCAGUUGGAUUGCCGAUGGGCAACGCCACUGAAACGAAAAUAUAUAUUAAAUAGCAAUUUUAGUUAAGUACUAAAAGUUGAAAAUAAUAGAGUUUUGAAGUACCAGCAACCAUGACUUGAGUUAAAAAAAGCUACAGCAGAAACUGUUAAAAAAAAAUAAAUAUAUUCCAGCCGGUUCUGCAAUUCACUUUCGAGUGAAUUUGAGUAAAGUGCGCUUUGAAUUCAAAUUGGCAGGGUUUGAAAUUCACUUGGAAGUGAAUUGCAGAACCUGCCCGAUUUUCGCAAUCAAAAUUUUCGCGGCAACCACAAAAACGCAGUUGUCAAUACAGCAACUCUGUUGCCAACUUUAAGGGGCCAGUUGCCAUCUGAAAUACAAUUUCAGCCAUCCAUAAUCGACCCCGCUUAUUUACGAGGUUUACGCUGUUACGAGACAUUUCCGUAUUUAGAUGAAUACCCAUAUUGUUUUUCUCUAUAUAUUGUAAUACCUGCGUGAGCUUUACGUCAUAUUUAUAAUUUUCUUGUUCGAAUUAACUUAAUAAAUUUUUAGUUAUUUAUGUUCUUAAAAAUCCCAGUAUUCUAUUCUAAUUUCAAUUUUUAAUUAGUUAUUAAUGUUAGAUUUAUGUCUUCUUCAACGACAAAUUUGGAAGGGAAUAUACAUGCAGUCAACGUCAAAAAUAUGAGUACCCUGACGUUUCCUCAUUUUAGUAAAAUAAUGUGCAAGUCUCAAGUCUAUAAAAUUUACCGUUGAUUUUUGAGAUUUUUUGUCGAGGGUUUUGCGCAUUGUCAAAAAAAUCUCAACGGUAAUUUUUAGUGACUUGAAACUUGAACCUUAUUGAACUAAAAUUAAAUUGCCUACAAAACU